CAUAUAUAAAAUCCGAUUUCCAAACGGUCCUAGGGUUUUUGCGUUUCUCAGUCUCUCUCUCUAAGCCGUGGUUUCUCUCUCUAGGUUUUCUCUUCUAAGUUCAGUGAAAGCUAAGAAACGCCAUGACUGCUCAGACCCCAGAAGAGCUGCUCGCCGCUCAUCUUGAGCAGCAAAAGAUCGACUUUGAUGAGCCGAUAGUAGAGGAUGAUGAUGAUGAGGACGACGAAGAUGAUGAUGAUGAAGAUGAUGACAAGGAAGAACAUGCUGAAGGACAACAAGGUGGUGACCCGAACAGCAAGCUAAAGCAGAGUCGGAGUGAGAAGAAGAGUAGGAAAGCAAUGUUGAAGCUUGGGAUGAAACCAAUUCCUGGUGUGACUCGUGUGACUGUCAAGAAAAGCAAAAAUGUAAGCCUCAGCUCCUCUCUCUCUCUAUCUCUGAGUGUCUGGAAUAACCUUUUUCUUACCAAUCUUAUACAUCUUUGUGCCUUGGAGCACUUAUCCUCGCACCUGAGUUGUAGCCACAAAUUUGUGUGUGUGUGUGUGUGUGUGAGAGAGAGAGAGAGAGAGAGAGAUAGAAAACCAUAUUGA